CCGGUGUGCAGUACUACAAGUCAGUCUAACGCCGAAUCUCGGAGAGUUAACAGCAAAAUAAGUAAGAUCAAGUGUGCCUCUGAAGUUUACGCUUACAGCAGAACUUUUCCACUUGCUUCGAGUUUUGCACGUCUGCUAGAAGUUUUCAUUUAUCUUCGCACGCGUUUAAAAUAGCUCAACACCAUGAGUACGAUUAAAGAGGAGAACAACUUCUUCUUCAUCGGUGACGGGACGGAGGUGCAGGUCAAAAUCGAACCAACCAUCGAAGUCAUCGAAGAACAGUUUUUUGAACCAUAUAGCUUCGAAGGUCUCGUUAAUGGUGACUUUGAUUAUUUAUUAAGUGGAAUGCGAGAGAAGGAAGAAGCGAAAGAAUCAAAAAACAACCAGACCAACACUCGUAUAAGGCUUAAUGAUACCGAAUUUUCGAUCCUAGAACAUGCUACGAAGCUUAAAAGCUCGCGCGUCGCGUUGACCAGACUAUCUAAUGAGGAGAUCCACGAGUGUCGCCGAAAAAGCGAAGCGAGGCGGGCAAAGAGCGUAGCCGAAGAACUGAAAAUGAAACCAAUGCUUAUGCGACUAAGAGAAAGAAAGACAAAAGUUGUCUACUACCCUCGCUAAUUUGUAUUAGUAUGUAUUAGUAAUAACAAAUUACCUGAUCACUUUUGGGCAUUCCACCCUCGAAAUUCGUGUUCAGGAGGCAAUAAUACAGAAAAAAAACCUUGGUGAUCUAGUCAUUCAAGUCCGACGAAAAGUGCUCAGCGCCUAGCCUAUAUGUACCAUAGUAAUAUUAUUAAUUAAUUAAGAAAUAAAAAACCAUUUUUUUAUAAUUAAAAAUUAUUUUCUUA